UGCUUCUACCCGAAAGGAUGUACCCUCUUGGUGGUUAGCACUCGUUGUUGACAUUUUGGUGGAGAAAAUGGCGACCGGAGUCAGACAGGAGCUUGCACAGCUUAUGAACUCAAGUGGAUCUCACAAAGAUCUCGCCGGGAAAUAUCGACAAAUCCUGGAAAAAGCUAUUCAAUUCACAGAUGCGGAACAACUGGAGGCACUAAAGGCAUUUGUUGAAGCCAUGGUCAACGAGAACGUCAGUUUAGUCAUCUCUAGACAGCUACUGACUGACUUCUGCACCCAUCUACCGAAUCUCCCUGACAGCACAGCCAAGGCAGUCUAUCACUUCACCCUGGAGAAGAUUCAACCCAGGGUCAUCUCUUUUGAAGAGCAAGUGGCUUCAAUAAGACAGCAUUUAGCAACCAUUUAUGAGAAGGAAGAGGACUGGAGAAAUGCUGCCCAGGUCCUCGUUGGCAUUCCACUGGAAACGGGACAAAAGCAGUACAAUGUAGAUUACAAGUUGGACACGUAUCUGAAAAUAGCCCGUCUCUACCUGGAGGAUGAUGACCCAGUCCAAGCAGAGGCCUACAUUAACCGAGCUUCCCUGCUCCAGAAUGAAUCCACCAACGAACAGCUGCAGAUUCACUAUAAGGUGUGUUACGCCAGAGUCCUGGACUACAGGAGGAAGUUUAUUGAGGCAGCGCAGAGGUACAACGAGCUCUCCUACAAGUCCAUCGUCCAUGAGAGCGAGCGGCUGGAGGCCCUGAAGCACGCCCUGCACUGCACCAUCCUGGCCUCUGCAGGCCAGCAGCGUUCCCGGAUGCUAGCCACCCUGUUUAAGGAUGAACGCUGCCAACAGUUGGCUGCCUACGGCAUCCUAGAGAAGAUGUACCUGGACCGGAUCAUCCGGGGAAACCAGCUGCAGGAGUUUGCUGCCAUGCUGAUGCCCCACCAGAAGGCCACCACAGCUGAUGGCUCAAGUAUUUUGGACAGAGCAGUCAUCGAGCACAAUCUGUUAUCUGCUAGCAAACUCUACAAUAACAUCACUUUUGAAGAGCUUGGUGCUCUGUUGGAAAUUCCUCCUGCAAAGGGCGAAUGUCCUGAUGAGGAUGCCCCUGGUUACAGAUGCAACUUGGCAGAAAAGAUCGCCUCGCAGAUGAUUACAGAAGGCCGAAUGAACGGCUUCAUAGAUCAGAUCGACGGCAUCGUCCACUUUGAAACGCGGGAGCCCCUGCCCACCUGGGACAAGCAGAUCCAGUCGCUGUGUUUCCAGGUCAACAACCUCCUAGAAAAGAUCAGCCAAGCGGCGCCCGAGUGGACAGCGCAAGCCAUGGAGGCCCAGAUGUCCCAAUAACCUGCCUGCCUCGCUCCCUCGAACACUCCCCCCCUAACCCCCCUUUCUGAUCACAGCUUUUAAACGUCCUGCCCUGCCCCGCCCUGUCCUGCUCCACCCCACAUCCAGGUCAAAGGUCACUGGAGAAUGGGUGCACACCGCCCAAAGUAAAGGGGGGUGGUCAAAAACCCCUCCCGCCCUCUCCCGGUUUGGAUGUGGCAGCUGAGGCCUGCUGCUGGAUUGGUGGCAGCUCCCAAGAGGAUGAAUUUAACAUUUUCUUCAAGCUAAGCUUUUCUCCUGUUGCCAUUCUCAAGGAGGGCCUAACUUUUUGACAAUUAUUAUUAUUAUUAUUUUUUUUUUUCCCCUUCAUUUUUUUUGUAGCUUGCACCCAUUUGUCAAAGUUUCUGAGUGGCAUAAUGCUGGCCUUUGUCUGUGUUUGUUUGUGAGCAACGUGAGGCUAUAUUGCGGUUUGAUGUUCAGGAGGUCAUCUGUUGUUCAGGUGGCGGUGUGCAGCGGGGCCGCCGGUGUGCCGCUCUGCGCCUGGAGUGUUGCAGCCCCGUGGGAUCUCCCGAGGCUCUCCGCUCGUGAAUACCAAUAACGCCCUCAUCCCACGACCCGUUCAGCUCGUUCGUUUGAUCCAACAGCAUAAUGCGGUCCUCCGAUGCGGUGAAACCAGAAGAAGGACUUCCAGGACCAAGUUUCUGUACUUGGAGCUUAUGUCCACAGGGUUACUGGGGUUAUCUGAAGCAAAACCGUUUUACUUCCUCUUACACACAUAAUGUGUACCCCCUUUUGUUUGAUUCUAGAAUAAUCUUUUUUUUUUGUGCCGCGCUUUCCCAUGGUUAUCCUGUUAAAGAGAUGUUUAUGUAUGGCCCCUGUACUGAGAUGAAUAAAACCGAAGUUGAACGAG